AUGAACUCUCGACCAACGUGGUGGGAGGAGCUGAGGGUUGACAUACCCUUUGCUGACCAGCCGGCCGUCUAUAUUCUCACUCUGGCCGUGUUGGUGUUUUUUGCGCGCGCCUUUGGUGACCAGAAGAGCAACCUGCCAGAGCUUAACCCUAAGAAGGCAUUUGAAUUCACCAACAGACGUCGAGUUUCCGAAUUUUUCCCACGAAGUGCUGCACUGCUGGCUGAGGGAAGAUCUCGUUUCGGCAACAAACUUUAUAAGGCGUACUGCGACUGGGGAGAGGUUAUCGUACUGUCGCCUCAGCACAUCGAAGAGCUUCGAAGUGAUGCGCGACUGUCAUUCCUUGUCCCAGCAAAUGAUGAUACUCAUGGGUAUAUCCCUGGCUUCGACGCUUUCUCGCUGGAUGAUAAGUUGGCCAAAAUCGUCACGAAGUACUUGACCAAGGCUCUAACCAAGCUCACGGCCCCAAUUUCUCAAGAAGCAACGUUUGCGAUGCGGGCAGUGUUGACAGACUCCCCAGAAUGGCACGUUAUGAGCCCCAAGGAAGACCUUGUUCGUGUUGUGUCGCAGAUGUCUACAAGGAUCUUCAUGGGCGAGGAGCUCUGUAGGAAUGAGGAAUGGACAAAAGCAUCCGGUGACUACACCAUCACUGCCUUCAAAGCUACUGAUAAAGUCAGAGCUUGGCCCCGCCUCCUCAGGCCCAUCGUUCACUGGGCCAUGCCAGUUUGCCAGGAUCUUCGGCAGCAGCUGGUCAAGGCCAAUAAUGCCCUCGAGCCUCACAUCAAGAAGCGAAAUGCCAUAAAAGCUGCUGCUCUGGCCAAAGGACAACCGAGCCCAUUCGAUGAUCUGGUCGAGUGGUGGGAAACAGAGUACGGCCCAUCCAAUGAGCAUGCCAGGCACCAGCUCACACUAACCGUUGUUGCAAUCCACACGACCUCUGAUCUUCUUCAACAAACGAUGAUUGACAUUGCCAUGAACCCCGAAAUCUUGGCCCCCCUCCGAGAAGAGGUCAUCACUGUCUUGGGAUCUCAAGGAUUGAAGAAGACGGCGUUGUACAACCUGAAGUUGAUGGACAGUGUCAUCAAGGAGUCUCAACGUAUGAAGCCGGCGCUACUGGGACUGUGGAGUCGACAGGCACUUGCUGAUGUCGAGCUUUCGGACGGCUUCGUGAUCAAGAAGGGCCAGAGGGUCCUUGGAGAAGGGACUCACAUGUGGAAUUCCGAGUAUUGGAAGGAUGCCGACAAGUUCGAUGGCUAUCGGUUCUUGAGGCUGCGAGAGGCGGCGGAGGGUGAAAGGGACGAAGACAGCAAGACGGCACAUCUCGUGAGCACAAGUUCAAGACAUCUUGGAUUCGGGCAUGGUAUUCACGCCUGUCCUGGUCGCUUCUUUGCCGCCAACGAGAUCAAGAUCGCCUUGUGCCAUAUCCUACUCAAGUACGACUGGAAGCUUCCCGACGGCUUCCAGCCAAAGGCCACUACCUUCGGCAUGUCAAUCAUUCCCGAUCCAGCCACCAAGUUUCUCAUCAGGCGACGGAAGGAGGAACUCGAUCUGGACUCGCUUGAGUGUUAG